GCUGUGUCCUGGAAUGGGUUCUUAACAAUUUUGAGUGUGGUAUGAACUGUUUAUGUCACCGAGUAAAAUUAGAUGUGCCUGUUGCUAAUAUGAGGGGAUGAAACAUGAUACAAGGCCAAACACGUGACAGCCCUUUCUUCCAGGCGUAGCUGCUGAAGCUGAAACCCUUUCCUCUAGCUCUGUAAGUAAUGGAGAAGUUCGAAACCUUCUGUGUCGCCUAGCGCUCAGGCUGCUUGCGGUGACUUCCCCAGCGCACUUUCCAGGACAUCUAAGCAGAUGGCUGGUGAACAGUACCUGACGGCCACAGAAGGCACUCACAUAGAGAGGCCUGAGAAUCAGUGUGUCUACAAAAUUGGCAUUUAUGGCUGGCGAAAGCGCUGUCUCUACUUGCUUGUUCUUCUUUUACUCAUCAUCCUCGUCGUGAAUCUUGCUCUUACAAUUUGGAUUCUUAAAGUGAUGUGGUUUUCUCCAACAGGAAUGGGUCACUUGCAUGUAACAAAAGAUGGACUUCGCCUGGAAGGGGAAUCGGAAUUUUUAUUCCCAUUGUACGCCAAAGAAAUACACUCCAGAGUGGACUCAUCUCUGCUCCUCCAGUCGACCCAGAACGUGACUGUAAAUGCUCGCAACUCAGAAGGGGAGGUCACAGGCAGGUUGAAAGUGGGUCCCCAAAUGGUAGAAGUUCAGAGUCAGAAAUUUCAGAUCAACUCCAAAGAUGGCAAGUCUCUGUUUACGGUUGAUGAGGAGGAAGUUGUGGUCGGCACGGACAGUCUUCGAGUAACUGGACCUGAAGGAGCUCUUUUUGAACACUCAGUGGAGACACCUCUGGUCACAGCUGAUCCAUUUCAAGACCUUAGGUUGGAAUCCCCCACACGGAGUCUAAGCAUGGAUGCCCCAAGGGGAGUUCAUAUAAAAGCUCAUGCUGGGGAAGUCGAGGCCCUUUCUCAGAUGGACAUUGUUCUUCAUAGUAGUGACGGAACGCUUGUGCUUGAUGCUGAAACCGUGUGUCUGCCCAAGUUGCUGCAGGGAACUCAAGCCGCCUCCGGCAGCUCGCAGGGGCUCUAUGAAAUCUGCGUGUGUCCGGAUGGGAAGCUGUAUCUGUCUGUGGCAGGCACGGGCACCACAUGCCAGGAGCACAGUCACAUCUGUCUCUGACCGCCGCCGGCCUCCUCCGGAGCACCUUCCCGAUUCAGUGACCUGGGAGGUGUGGCCUCAAGCCCUCCUGCCUCGGGAGCCCCAUGAUGCCUUGGAGGACUGAGAGGGGGGUGGGACUCAGGAAGAGGGUGUGCCCUCCAGAGGGACUCAGAAAAAUGUCUCCUGGAAGGGGGGGGUGUUUGGAUAAAAAAGGGUCUCACUGGCACGUGGGUUGAAGAAGCAUUAAAACAAUGUGUGUAUUCCACUGGAUUUGUUAAUUUUCAUCAAAACAAUAGGCUCUUGGCCGGCGCCAUGGCUCACUAGGCUAAUCCUCUGCCUGUGGCACCGGCUCCCCGGGUUCUAGUCCCAGUUGGGGCGCCAGUUCUGUCCCGGUUACUCCUCUCCCAGUCCAGCUCUCUGCUGUGGCCCGGGAAGGCAGUGGAGGCUGGCCCAAGUGCUUGGGCCCUGCACCUGCAUGGGAGACCAGGAGGAAGCACCUGGCUCCUGGCUUCGGAUCGGCACAGCGUGCCACCUGUAGUGGCCAUUUGGGGCGUGAACCAAUGGAAAGAAGACCUUUCUCUCUGACUCUCUAACUCUGUCAAAAAAAAAAAAAAAAAGAAAAGAAAAAAGAAAAGAAAACAAUAGGCUCUUUUCCUUACCUCCUUCCCCACAUCAGGUACAUGCCAGUGUACAAUGAACUGUUGAACUGCUGUGUGGAAUGAAUUUACCAUAUUCAACUUUGGGUUUCUAACUCCCGAUAAAAGUAGCACCCGUCAGUAUUAGAUGCCCCCAAAGUUCUAUACAGUGUUUCAUGUACAUCACGCAAACCUCAAGCUCUCCACUCAGUUUGAUGCUGCGACUGUGCAAGUUACACAGAAUUGGCCAUGCUUUCUGUAUAUCAUCAGUGAGCAAUAAAAAUCAACCUACGUUUUUCAAGGA